UCGCGUGUCUGCUCUGUUUCUUUUCUCCCUGCAGCCGGACAUAACCAGCCAUUUCCGACGCCUCCAGCUGAAAAUUGAAAUUUUCCAGAUCUGCUGUCUUCUUCCCUCCCCUGCUGCCGGUUUCAGCUUGUGUGGGUGUGGAAUUUUUGGAUUUUUUGUGGCGUGAAAGCUCCUCCAAUUUCCCGCCGAUCUUCCCUUCAAUCUGAAGCUCCAGCCUUGCUUGCUGAGGAUUUCUGGUAAGUUGGCUCCUCUAAUCUUCGAAAAAUUGGUUGAUUAAGUGCUGAUUUGUGAGUUUAAGUGGUUGUAUGAAAUGGGCUUGGGUUGUCCGAAAAUCUGCUGGAAGUGGGGGAUUGAUUUCCGGUAGCCUUGCAAUGAAUUUUAAUGGGAGGUUUAUAAAUGCUAGCACAUGUCGACAUGUUAUUGAUAGGACCGGUUUGCUCGUGUUAUCCUACUAGUGGGAUUAUACACUAGUAAUCGUGUGCCGGCCAGUGGGAGGUUUAUAACACUGGUCAUGACUAAUAGAGGAGCUACAUUAAUGGUUUGUUAUUGAGACGCUCUGUUUAUAUUUAAACUGUUUAUUUGGCAUGCUUUAAAUUUUGAUCCCAGGCAUCCAUAUUUACUUACUGAGAUAUUUUAUCUCACAAUUUUCCUUGUCUACCAUUUCAGGUAGUGAGACCCGACGCAUGGGGAGCCCGGGGGAGUGACGAGCUAGACGGCUAGGCAUUAUUUUGGACUUAAGUUUUGUAGCUAGACCGCUAGUCACCCAUGCUGACUUAGAAAUUUUUGUGUACAGAACUCCCUUAGUUAUAAUCAUGACUGUAUAAAUGAAGUUAUAAAUCCUUGUAUAUUUUGACUAGUAAAUUUUUAGAAAAAAAAAAGAAAAAGAAACUAGAUAUUACCCGAGUUUCUAAAUCUGAAUCAUCUGAAUUAGUAAUUAUGAACUCAAUGGCCCCAAAACAACGUGGGCGCCCAAGAGGUGGUCGUAAGGAUCAGGGCACUCCUCCGAUCCCAGAUGCUAGUCCCCAUGCCCAAGCUGCUCCGCAGGAGGGAGGGACGAGUAAUCCCCAGAUAGCCACUUUUGUUCAAGAACUUAUGGCGGAGAUAAGACACCAAGCAUCUCCUGCCACAAGUGUGCCACCUCCAUCCCCAGUGGUUUCCACUCCUAUGGCCCCUACUCCAAUUUCCCUUGUUCCUAUUUCUUUUGCUCCUACGGUGUUUAGCUGGAAGGUCUAUACAGAAUUCCAGAAGGUGGUGACCAAGAGAUUUGACAGUAUCGCGGGUUUCGACAUUAAUUGGUGGGAGAAUUAUUUGAAGCUACACGAAGGAGAGCCUGAAUUGAGCACCUGGGAUGGUUUUAAAAAGGUGUUCAUGCAAGAGUACAUACCAGACAACAAAAGGCGGGAACCGCAAAGGGAAUUUACAAAUCUAAAGCAAGGGUCGGGUACUGUUGAGCAGUACAAGAAGGAGUUUGACCGCUAUCUACCUUUUGUGGGUAGUCAGGUUGGGGAUGAGCUAGCCAAAGCUGAUAAAUUUUUAUGGGGCUUGAAUCCCGAUAUUUAUCUGGCGGUGAAUCAAUUCAAACCCGCCACUUAUAGAGAGGCUGCAGACAAAGCCCUAGAUCAAGAGAAAGCUAUGGCUAGAGUCAAGUCCUCAGAACAGCAUAGUGCUGGGUCAUCCCUUGGCAAGAGAAAAUUUGAUGGGAGCCGUCGAUCCUUUGUCCUUGCACCGCCUAAGUCUGAGAUUAGCAAGGGUUCUAGAGGGCUAGGAGCCACCAAGACUUGCCACACUGUUACUAGGGCUUACUUCAAAUGUGGCAAGCAAGGACAUCGGAUUGCAAAUUGUCCCCUGUUAGACCCCAAAACUCAGAGUACUCAACCUACCUCUCCACAGAGUUCUACCAGUCAAGGAGCGCAGAAACAGAGUACCAGGGUUCAGACAAGAGCCCAGCAGGCGAGAGUGCAAGUGAUGACUCACAAGGAAGCUGCGGCUACCGACGUAAUCACGAGUACCUUGCCUGUUAACUCUGAUUAUGCGCAUAUUUUAUUUGAUUCGGGUGCAUCGCACUCUUUUAUUGCUCGAUAUUAUGCUUUGAAACGAGCUUUGCUUGUUAAUACCUCUGAUCUUGAACUGCAUGUGGACACCCCUUUAAGAGGGGUGAUGACUACUAGGGAGGUGUGUAGGACUGUGGAUAUUUAUGUUGAUGGUAGACAGUUGAAUGCUAGUCUGUUUGUAUUAGAUAUCUCUGAUUUUGAUAUCAUUUUGGGGAUGGAUUGGCUGUCAAAACAUUUUGCCUCUAUAGAUUGCCAUAAAAAAUGGGUUCAGAAAUAUCUUGUAAAUGGUUGCCAGGGUUUCCUAGUCUCUGUUACUGAUGCUAGUAGUGUGACAUCGAGACUAGAAGACAUACCAAUGGUGCGUGAGUUUCCAGAUGCAUUUCCAGAGGAUCUCCCAAGUUUACCCCCAGAUAGGGAGAUUGAAUUUGCUAUUGACCUUGUUCCUGAAACCGGACCUAUUUCCAAAACACCAUAUCGUAUGGCUCUGGGAGCUCCAGUGUUGUUCGUUAAGAAGAAGGAUGGGAGCAUGAGGCUAUGCAUUGAUUACCAGGAAUUGAAUAAGGUGACUGUGAAGAACCAGUAUCCCCUUCCUAGAAUUGAUGACUUAUUUGACCAGCUCAAAGGUGCCCAAGUAUUCUCUAAGAUUGAUCUUCGAUCUGGCUACCACCAAUUGAAGAUUAAAUCGGAUGAUGUGCCAAAGACUGCCUUCCGUACCCGUUAUGGUCAUUAUGAAUUCAUAGUUAUGCCAUUUAGCUUGACAAAUGCCCCUGCCAGAUUUAUGGACUUGAUGAAUCGGGUAUUUAGCCAGUACCUAGAUAAGUUUGUGGUUGUCUUCAUUGACGACAUUUUGAUCUACUCUUCUAGCCAUACUCUUCAUCAAAGGCACUUAAGGACAGUUCUCGAGACACUGAGAAGUGAGAGAUUUGCUAAAUUUAAGAAGUGUGAAUUUUGGCUAGAUAAUGUUGCAUUCCUAGGUCACAUUGUGACUAAGGAUGGAAUCUCUGUUGACCCCCAGAAGAUUGAGGCCGUGGUUGAUUGGAAAAGGCCGAAUAGUGUUGCAGAAAUCCGUAGUUUUCUGGGAUUGGCUGGUUAUAACAGCCGAUUUGUGGGGGAUUUCUCUAGAAUUGCUCUGCCAAUGACUCGUCUUAUCAGGAAGGACACCAAGUUUGAGUGGACUCCAGAGUGUGAGAAGAGCUUUUUGACCCUUAAGAAGAAGUUGGUCACUGCUCCUGUAUUUGCGCUCCCAAUCAAUGGGGAAGGAUUCACUAUAUAUAGUGAUGCCUCUAAAAAGGGUUUGGGAUGUGUCUUGAUGCAAAAAGAUAGGGUUAUUGCAUAUGCUUCCUGGCAGUUAAAGCCUUAUGAAGAAAAUUACCCUACCCAUGAUCUGGAGUUGGCAGUUAGGCGAUGGCUUGAACUUUUAAAGGAGUACGACUUGAUCAUUAGCUACCAUCUAGGCAAAGCUAACAAAGUAGCAGAUGCGUUGAGUAGGAAGUCCUCUGGCACUGCCUCUAGCAUCCUUGCCACUCAGAAGGAGUUACUUGAGGAUCUUGUGAAACUGGAUGUGGAGCUGAGAGUAGACAGUACUACGGCUUAUCUAGCUGCUCUCAAUGCACAACCAGCAUUAAUAGAUAGAAUUAAACUUGGCCAACAAAAAGAUCCCUUAUUGCAGAAGAUGAAGGAAAAAGUAAGAGUCGGGGAACCCCACAUGCAAAAAUUCAGAAUUUCUGAUUAUGAGACUCUGUGGUUUGGUGACAAGUUGUGUGUACCAAGAGACCAUGCUUUAAGGCGUGAGAUUAUGGGAGAUGCCCAUUAUACUAGCUAUACAAUUCACCCAGGUAGCACCAAAAUGUAUCGCGAUUUGCGUAGUACAUUUUGGUGGCAGAACAUGAAGAGGGAGAUAGCUAGAUUUGUGUCACAAUGCUUGACUUGCCAAAAAGUCAAGGCCGAACACCAAAGACUUCCUAGGAAACUGCAGCCUUUACCGAUUCCCCAGUGGAAGUGGGAGAACAUCACCAUGGACUUUGUGACUGGCUUACCACGAACCUUAAAGGGUAACGAUUCCAUCUGGGUCAUUGUUGAUCGAUUGACCAAAUCGGCUCACUUCUUACCCUACCAAACUGGCACCUCCAUUGAGAAGCUUGCCAAUAUGUACAUGGAGGAGAUAGUCAAGCUGCAUGGAGUCCCUGUGUCUAUUGUGUCAGAUAGAGAUACCAGAUUUUUAUCUCAUUUCUGGACAAGCUUGCAGCAGGCACUUGAUUGGAAGGGUUUGUGGGAUCAACACUUAUCCAUGGCUGAGUUUGCAUAUAAUAACAGUUAUCAAUCCAGCAUCCGCAUGGCACCGUUUGAGGCUUUGUAUGGUCGAAGGUGUAGAUCACCUGGUUGUUGGACGGAAGUGGGCGAAAGAAGCAUUUUAGGCCCAGAAUUGGUGCAGCAAUCUUCUGAGAUUGUGCAAUUGAUCAAGGAACGCCUUCGUGUCACCCACUUGAGGUGUCCUCAGGUUUGGCAUCCGGGGAAAAUUGAGUCCGAGUAUGUUCUCGACUCGAGUCACAUCAUUAAUCCUGAACCAAUUCAACUCCGGGAGGAUCUUACUUAUGACAAGCACCCGAUCCGCAUUUUAGAUUUCAAGGAGAGGAUAAUGCGAAGAAGGACCAUUCAUUUUGUUAAGGUCCUCUGGGGUAACCAUUCGGUUGAAGAAGCUACUUGGGAGUUGGAAUCCAAGAUGAGGCAGGAACAUCCGCACCUCUUCCAAGAUUGAGUGCUGAUUUGUGAGUUUAAGUGGUUGUAUGAAAUGGGCUUGGGUUGUCCGAAAAUCUGCUGGAAGUGGGGGAUUGAUUUCCGGUAGCCUUGCAAUGAAUUUUAAGUCAAUUUAUGUAAAAACUCCUUUAAUUGGGCUGCUGUGAUGAUGUAUGGAAGAAAAGAGGAAAAUUCCGUGACUUGCCCAUUUUUUGUCAAAACCGAUUCUCCCAUUUCCUGUCCAUGAAUUUGGGAAAAAUUGUAUAUGUGUAACAAUGUAUAUAUAUAUAUAUAUAAAUGCAUAAUCUAAUG